UGCGGGCGGCGCGUCAUGGCUGAGUGAGGGUGCCAUGCCCCGCUGCUUCAUGGCCAAGAAGGCGGGGGGGCGCCCCUCCCCGUACCCACAACCACCCACCAGGGACAAGUCACCCCCCCCGGAGGGACCCCGCGGCGCGUGGACCCCGCGAUCACCCACGGCGGGGGAAACGGCCCCCUCCCCCCCGCCCUCCCACGCCACGGUCCCCCACCAUCACUACCCACUCGACCUCCACGUGCCCCCGCCCCCUCACCAUUACUACCCCGCACCGCCGCUGGACCUGGGGCGCCCGGGGCAGGGGGGCGGAUACCCCAUGUACCCCCCGGGGCCGCAGGGGCACCACGACCCCCGCUCCCGAGGCAAGGGGGAAGGGGGGGAGAGGGUGGUGGAGGUGCACAUCCCGGAGGUAGCCAGGCCGGACCCCCAGCGGCCCCAGCCCCCCCACGCCCAGCCAGGCCCCUACCACCAUCACCCGCACCCGCCCGUCACCCUGCUGUACGGCGGGUACAUGGCGGACCCCCGCGGCUACAGUCCACCUGGGCCCGUGGCGCUGCCCCUCACGCCCUCCCCUGACGGCCACGGCCGCGCCCUCACCCCCACGGAGGGGCUGGGUGGUCUGGUGUCCCUGGCGCCGCUGUGUCCGCAGUACGAGGGGCGCGCGGAGCCCCCCGAGGAGCCCAUCAACCUGACGACGCGGCAGCCCGCGGCGCUGUACGACCGCCCCCCGGAGGACCUGACCACCGCCCACGCCAUCCUGGACUUGUCCACCGCCCGCGUGGCAGAGUACUCCCCGCCCAACACGCCGCCCUCACCCCAUGCCCCCCUCGACUACCCACCACACGCCCACCACACCCAUCACACCCACCCCGCGCCCCCGCCCGGCCCGCCGCCAUACCAUCUGCACGGCAGCGACGCCCCGCUGCUGGAGCGGCCGCCGGAAAGCACGUCGCCCAAGACCGCGGCGUGCACGGUGGCCUACACGUACGAGGCGUUCUUCGUGAGCGACGGCCGCUCCAAGCGACGCGGCGCCGAGAACAACGACAAGCCGCGGUACACGUGCUCUGAGUGCGGCAAGCACUACGCCACCUCGUCCAACCUCUCGCGCCACAAGCAGACGCACCGCGACCUGGACUCGGGCAGCGCGCGACAGUGUCACGUGUGCGGCAAGGCGUACGUGAGCAUGCCGGCGCUGGCCAUGCACGUGCUGACGCACAGCCUGACGCACCGCUGUGGCGUGUGCGGCAAGGCCUUCUCGCGCCCCUGGCUGCUGCAGGGACACAUGCGCUCCCACACGGGCGAGAAGCCCUUCGGCUGCGCCCACUGCGGCAAGUCCUUCGCAGACCGAUCCAACCUGCGCGCGCACAUGCAGACACACUCCCAGCUCAAGAACUUCAGGUGCAAACGCUGCAACAAGUCCUUCGCCCUCAAGUCGUACCUCAACAAGCACUACGAGUCGGCGUGCUUCAAAGACAUGCCGCUGCCACCCUCGUCGCCGGAGCCGCAGGAGGGGGAGGACAGUUAGUAGUCCCCCCCCCGGGCCCGCCUGUACCGUACAAACCCGCCGUCCCGACCCACCACCAGGCCGCCGCCGCCCGCGCCGCCCGCGCCGCCGGGGCGGCCCCCGGGCGGCGCGCCGCUGCCAUGAUCAAAAGCACGCUGUUAUAUUCCCGUUGUUGACGCUGACGCCUGACGCCUGACGCCUGACGCCCGUGUUCGGCGGCCAAGACGAUGCUGUCCUCAAGAUUCUCUCGCAACUCCCACCCUGCGGCGCACGAGAGGCCGGGGGGGGCGCCGCUCCCCCCGCCGCGCACUGUUGUUAGCCACGUAUUGUUAACGUUACACUUCUGUUCCCGUUCCGGCGGCGCGACGCGUCACGCCGCCGCCGAGUUUCACAGACAACGAAGCCUCAACGAGCCGCCGCCGCCGCCGCCGCCGACGCCGCCGCCGCCAUCGCCGCCGCGCCCCCUCGGCGGGCGGCGACAGUCCCUAGGUAGCCAGACGACCAUCUCAAUAUUGCAUAGCUAUAAGUAUUUUUUCAGAUCUACUAAAGCCAAAUAAUAGAUUAUAUUCGAUCGUAGUGUAGGCGCUUCCAGGAUUCUCUCCUCGGUUCCCUUACUUAUUUCCGCGAGGCGGGGCGCUGCCGGGGGCGGGGGGCUUCGCACCCAUGAACCUGCGAGGCUGACCGGGGGACGGCGAGGCGGAGCUGUACAUAGGGCCCGCUGCCCCCCGCUAGCCCGCGGCCAUCAUAACACACAUGUCCUGCCCUCUUCAGCCUGCCAGCCCCCCUCUUGCCUGGCGGGCGGUGGGGGUGGAGGGAGGAAGGAGGGGCUGCGGCAACACACCGCACACACACACCUGCUCCAAUAAGGAAUGGGGCGCAACACACUACACCACGCUCUCAACACACACACACACACACACACACACACACACACACACACACACACACACAAAACACCAGAAUAUUGACCAAAGACCCAUUUUUCCCACACGCCCCCUUAAAACACCCAAAACACUCAAAACAAGCAAAGAAGCGUGAAUUUAGAAACGUCCCUGAAAUGACACGAACAUUAAGGGAAUGUAAGUGGGUCGCCGCCCCCAAGACGCCCCUGAGAACGCCCCCUCUCGCAAGUUUAAGUGUGCUCUAGACGAGUUACAUCAGCGGCAGAAAUACUUAAAUAGUUGAUACUCUUAAAAACUGUAGUAACUUUAGCACUUAAGAGACAGUUGGUUGUAGUGAUGAUGAUGAUGAUGAUGAUGAUGAUGAUGAUGAUGAUGAUGAUGGUGAUGAUGAUGGUGAUGUGAAGGUGGUGGUGAUGGUAGUUAAAAAAGGAGGAGUCAGUGAUGGUUGAGGUGCGUGGCAUAGAUUGUGGUGGUGAUGGUGAUGAUAAAUUUGAGUCUGUGUGUAAAUCUUGCGUGUGUAUGUGACAUUUUAUUCAUUCGUACACACACACACACACACACACACACACACACACACACACACACACACACACACACACACACACACACACACAAUUCAUAGUUUACAAUGAGAGAGAGAGAGAGAGAGAGAGAGAGAGAGAGAGAGAGAGAGAGCACCUUACAACACACACACACAUCUGCCAUUUAAACCUCACACGGGAACGACGAAACGCCAAGAAGAGAAGGAGGAGGAGGAGGAGGAGGAGGAGGAGGAGGAGGAGGAGGAGGUAAAGGUUGGAGGACAGACUGAACCAAAUAUUUUAUGGUAUCCAGUCGCUUGUCUAAUGUCAGGCUGGUAUUUGAAGACUGGGAAAUCCUCCUCUUCCUCCUCCUCCUCCUCCUCUUCCUCCUCCUCCUCCUCUUCUAUUCUUCCUGUAGAUCUGUUAUUAAUCUUCCUUCUCUUUCUUCUUCCUUUUCUCUCUCCUACCAUGACCACUACUCACUCUCUCCUUACCAGCACACACUCUCACUCUCUCACACACCCUAUAACACUCACCAUUAGCACUCUUACUCUCACUCCCCUAAAACCAUCACUCUCACGCACUCUCCCACUCACCAGUACUGUCAGAAGUCUACCACUCUUACCCCACACUCACUCACUCCUCUCACUCUCACAUUUCAUACUCUUACUUCUCACUCUCACUCUACCACACUCCCCACUGCCACCACCAUCACCACCACCACACCUACUUCCUCUCAGGCGUGUCUCCUAAGAUAACCUUCCCUUUACUUCCUCCUCCUCCUCCUCCUCCUCCUCCUCCUCCUCCUCCUCCUCCUCCUCCUCCUCUUCUUCCAUUGGUCUAAUGUAGGAAGGGAAUGAAGACUAAUCUCUCUGCCUCGACCACACCCUCUCUAUCACACUUCUGCACACUCCCUCAUUAGCUGGCAGGUGUGUGUGUGUGUGUGUGUGUGUGUGUGUGUGUGUGUGUGUGUGUGUGUGUGUGUGUGUGUGUGUGUGUGUGUGUGUUUUCACCUGUUAAGCAAAGACACACUUUUCACCACCACAGAUUUAAAACCCCCCAAAUAAAACUAAGCUAGUCCUUUUAAAAGCAAAAGAAAACACCCCUAAAUGCCGCCCCCCACACGCUCCCGCCCCCCUCGCCAUUUACAAUCUCUGCCACGCCUCCCGCCCUCCUCUCCUCGCCUUGUAAAUAGCACUAUACCAAAGAAAUUUAAAUACACUUUAUAAACUUUAUAAAUAUUGGGAACUUUUAAAUGAUAGAAAGAAAAGAACAUUUAUUUCUACUCCAUAACGUUUAGGGGGGGUGCUGAGGGGGUCUGCGUGCCCUUUAGCUAAGCCCCCCCUUAAAGUCACGCCUGUAUAUAUCAUAGAAAACGGGGAAUGAUAUUUAUAGAGGUUUUUUAAUGCUAAUUGAUAAGGUUCAAGGUUCUACAGUGCAGAAGCGGUUCUAUGGGUCUUACCUGUAUGUUUGUUAGCGUACAGGUGAAGGUCUCGUGUCUAUCUCUCUCUAUACAGUUAAUCUCUUGUUACUGUUAUUGUAAAGUGUACCUGUAAUUGAUGUACAGGUAAACUACUCAACUGUACCUGUCAAUUUGUGAUCUACAGGUCAAUUCGCCACCUGGUACCUGUAAUAGUUCCGCAACAGGUAAAUUAAUCAAGUUUACCUGUAAUUUUGUAAUCUACAGGUGUGUACUUAUAAAGACAAACAGCAUCUGUGCUCGAUUAGGUAAUUAACAGGUAAAAUGAACACCUGUGACUUUAUAACACAACUCAUCUGUAUGUAUCCUUAAUCAUACAGGUAAUCAGUCAAUUAUACAGGUAGGGCCCAUCGCAUUGUUUUUCUACAGGUAACGAGUUCGUGUACCUGUGUUAUCUCUACAGGUAACGAGUUUAUGUACCUGUGUUAUUUCUACAGGUAUGCGCCCUGAGCACGCCCUGUACCUGUGGAGCCUUGUAGCGCUGUAGUGACUGUAGCCCGUAGACAUGGCGGUGUGUCUACCUGCCUGUAGGGGACGCCAAUUAGCACACCUGCUCCAGUCAUUAUGCAAACACCUGCCUGGUUAUACUUAGAAUUACUUAAGGGACACACCUGCCUACUUAUAAUGAUACGUACACACUUACAUGACUUACUUAUUGACUUGGUUCUAAUGGUACAUGCACUUCAAUCAUUUACUUAUUUCCGUACAUAAGUGCUGCCAUGAUACCUACACACACGAUCUACUUAUAAAGGAACACACACUUCAGUGAUUUUCUUAUCUACUUAUUUACUUAUAUAAGUGAAAGUUGGGUACAUAAGUGAAUGCGUGGACACUUACAAAGGACGGAUUUCCUUGUAAGUGUGUGUGUGUUAAGUGAGGAUGAAAUGAGUCAUGUCCAAGGCAAGGAGAAGCAAUAAUACGGUGACGACUGAUUGCAAUAAGUGUUGUGAUGCUUAGUGUUUCAUACACACACACACACACACACACACACACACACACACACACACACACACACAGUCAGUCAGGUAGUUAAGGCAGUUAGUCAGUCCAUCCAUCCAAUCACACACACACACACACACACACACACACACACACACACACACACACACACAGUAAUGGCAAUGUAUCAAAAUCACUAUCAAAAUCAAUCAAAAAGUUACACAAACCAACCCGCCAAACACGCAACAAACAUGAUCAACACAAACCGAAACAAACCUAUGCACAUAAAAUAACUAAAAAAAUAACUAUAACUAUAUAUAAACAGUAUUUUAGAGAAGUAAGAAUAAAAAAAAACUUUCAAAACCUAACCUUUAUUCUACUAACUCUCUAAUCCUCUCUCUCUCUCUCUCUCUCUCUCUCUCUCUCUCUCUCUCAAUGAUAUGUACUAUGUAUCUAUGCCAUCACAUUCAAUAUGCAAUAAAAGGUAAAUUAAUUAAUGAAGUAAUGUGCUCAUAGUUGAUUAUAAUUGACGCACCUGCCCUCAGUGUGUCCAGGUGUGUGGCGUCCCGGUGCACAGGUGUGUCUUGUCACCACACACCUGUGACUUCUUGUUGUGUCUGGACUUGAAACAGCAAUUCCUUCAUUAAUUCCUGCGCAAAACUCAAAUCUCUUUACCAAUCAUAACGAUAAACUGUUUUUCUCUUUUACGAAUCAUCGCCAAACAUUUCCUUCGUCAACAACAUCAAAGAAUAUCAAUCUCUGUAUCAAUUAUCACAAAACACAAUGAUUUUCUUCACAUCACAAGAAAACAGUCAAUUUUCCUACCAGUUAUGAAUGGUUCCAUCACUAACCACAAAACCAUGAUACCUUUCAAAGUCCAGACGUCAAGAGUCACUGAGGGGAGGUGUAGCAUCUCUCACGUCACCCCUCCUCACCUCAUCCCCUUCCUCCACCAUUCCCUGAGGGCGUGGCGGGGGGUGUGAGGGUGAGGAGGGGUGAGGGAGGGGCUGUGUAGUGUAUAAGCGUGCUGGUGUGGCGGGGGGAUGGCGGAGGCUGAUGUGCGGCACUUGUGACCAGUGUUCAGUGGACUGCCAAACACUUGUACAGGGAAGAUGUGUCAAUAAGUACCAAAUGAAGUGUUGAAGUGUGCAAACUUACACUAAGGGAGAAAAAAAGUGGUUAAGUUUGACAAGAAGGAAAUCAGUGUGUUAAGUGAGCACUGCCACACACUUAUCAAGGAGAGGAAACACGCCAGCAAGGUUGAUCUGAAGUGUGAUAAGUGUGAACUCAACUACAAAACACUUAUUAGAGGAAAAAAAAAAAAUCCAAUAAAUUCGAUAAAAAAAGUGUAAUCAAAUCAAUCUUAGAAAAAAAAAAAAUGAAACACUUGAAAACAUUAAUUCACAAUAGAGAAAAACUAAAACAUUAAUUCCCACAAGAAAAAAAAAAUUUACCAAUAGAAAAAAAAAAUAAAAUAAAUAUAUACCAUCUCUUCAAAAAACUAAUGAAACAAAGCAGCCAUCCCUUUAAAAGUGCAAAGAAAACGGGAAGUAACAGUGCCUAACUCACGCUUCAAUAUAACAUGAACUACAACCUGGAAAAAAAAGGAAAAACCAGUCCCUGUUAAAAAGACAAAAGAAAAUGGAGCGUGCAAAGAAAACGUGAUGUGAGUGGUCCAUGCCCUUCCCCGCCCUGCCCCGCCCUGCCACGCCAGCACAAAGCCACGCCACGUUAUAACUCCACAAUAACAGUAGCAAUAACGACCCCUUGUAGCAAUAAUGACGCAAUGUAGCAAUAACGAUAACCAUGCAAUACACCCCGCCCCCCUCCCCCCCCACGGCUCAAGGAGGCAACCUUUUUAGGGAUUCAAGGGAGGAUCUGUUCAACUCAUCUCCUAAGUCACUCCUAAGUCACUUCAGUCACUUCACUGGGAUUCUAAGUCAUGUUACCUUCGUUCAUUGACUUAAGGCAAGUUUCUGGUCUUAAAUCUCUCUUUUUCUUCACUUUUUACUUGAAGACAAUUACAGUUCGCUUCUCACUAACUUAGAUAAGAGUUUUGAGUGUCUUAAGUUAUUUCCAAGUGUCUUAAGCUUGUUUUCUUCACUAUUACUUUAUUUACUUUACUUUAUUACAUUACUUAUUACUUUUUCUGACCUUUACAUCCUCGUAGCCACUUUUCAGUCACUUCAGCGGAAUUUUUAAGUGUUCCGUCAGUUGCAGAAACAUUCAGUCAACUUUCAAUCUUUUAUUCAAUGCAAGUCAGUCAAAACGUCCAGUUACAGUAGAUGGUUUCUUCAGUCUUUCCAUCUAUAAGUCAGUCUCUAUGUCAAUCAGUCAAUCUUCAGUCUUUCCUCUCUUAAGUCUAUUUCUACAGCAAUCAGUCAGUCUUCAGUCUUUCCCUCUCUAAGUCAGUUUCUACAGCAAUCAGUCAAUCUUUCAUCGCUGAGUCAGUCUGUUGUGUCAUGUACGUCAACUGGUGUACAUGAGUGUGUAUGUACGUAUGGUUAAGUUUGUGCACACCUGAUUUUAUUGUUAAGUCACAAAUUGAUGUUUAAGUGUUCACCAUUAGUGUUAGUUUGAUACUGGUCUAUUUAUUCCGUCUUCUUUCAUUAGUUACUUAAAGAAUAACAACACUCACUCAUCUACUUAAAUGCUUACUUAUCUAGUCAAUUUUAAGAUUUGUCAAUUCGUUUAUUUAUAUAUUUAGAUACUUCUCAUGUUAAGAUCAUUUUGUUCACUCAUUCAACUGCCUAUUUAUACGCUCUCGAUUAUAAGAUUAAUUUAUUGACCUCCUUAACUGACUAUCUAUCUAUUUCAUGUUUGUCGUAUAAUUAAUUUGCUGUCCUGUCUAUGUAUGUAUCAGCUUAUGACGUAUCAGUGUCCUAGGUUCGCUGUCAUUAUAUCAAGUUCUAAUGCAGACGAACUUUCAUGAGUCUAGUCACAAAACAAAUAUUUGAUAUCAAUAUUAUUAUUUUGUAAAGCCAUCAUUAUUAAUAUUAUGAUGUGCAAGGUAAGAUGUUUAUUACUAUUAUGUGUUCUUUUGGGUGAUGUGCGUGUCUCAGACCUCAAAAUGUCUGAAAUAUUGUAUGUUUACUUGCUUUGUCGAAAUGUUAUCUAAUUCAGUGAUCUCAUUACGUUACUGGUAUAAUUUCAUAAGUAGGUUUUAAUAUUUUUUCUAGUCAGUGAUUUGUUUCAAGUUCUAGUCAGUGAUCUCGUGUAUUAAUAUAAGUGAAUUUGUUCCUUAUAAUGAUCUCAUGGUUUGGUACAAAGACGAUUUAAAGGCUGAGGGAAUGUUGUCCAAUGUUUCUCAAAUAUCGUUCUAGUCACGUGUUUGCUUUAUGUGAGUCUUGUGUCUCUUGUGUUUUGGUGAAGCUUUGAUCCUCAUAUCUAAAGCUUCAACAAACCAGCAUUUUAUCUCCUGUGUUACGGUAAACCUUGUGAUCAUGAACCAUGGUGUGUCGCCUUGUCAAUACUGUGUUAUCUUGUGUGUUAUCACGAACCUGAUAGUCACUGAAUCAAGUUAAUGUUACAAGACUCUUUCCCUCUGCGCUGUCGCCUUAUGACCUCAGUUUACAUUUCAUGCAUUCCACUGAACUGAAUUGUCAACUUAUUUUUUACCUCAUACAUUCCAGUAACAUUUCCCAAACUAUUCCCAUUCGCGCUGUGUCGUUCUGUCAACUGACUCUUCAUUUCAUGCCAUUGGCUAAUCUUAUAGACAUUAAUUCCCUGACCGUCGUGUCGCCAUGUCAACUUACUUCUCAUCUCGAGUGUUUCAAUUAACUUUACAAUCAUAUUUCCAAUCGCGUUGUGUCGCCGUCAGCAAUUCAGUGGCGCGGGAGUUCAGUUGCCACCCUCACUUGUCGCGGUGUGAAGGAAACAGUAAACACUUGCCUUCCCGCCUCGCCCCUUGCAUCCCAACGCUGCCACCAGUGUUGUGUCACGCCGCCGCCGCCUCCGCCGCCGCCGCCCUCGCCAAUGCUUUACUUAUACUAGCGCGCCUCGAUCCUGGAGGGACCCGAAGAUGCCAAACUAGAAAGCGGCAAUUGUAUCAAUAGGGUGGAAAGUGAUAAGUCAACAAGCCACCAUACUGAACGAAACACAGAAUUUAAGAAUAGAAGAAUGGAAAUGACAGGCUAUAUAAAUAGUCAUUGUGAUGUUAAAAAUGAAAACGAAAAUAAAGAUCAAUACAGUGUUCAAUAUAACAUCAAACAAGAACACGCAGAAUAUAAGAUGAAAGUCAAUCUUCGUUCGUGAAAAAAAAAAAAAAAAAAUCAAUACAAAGCACAUCCUGACGAGAAAAUAAUAAAAUGUUUCGCCAUAAGGUUGAAAAUCACAACACAAACAAUGUGCUGGUGAGUUACGACACUUCCACACCUCCUUAUUCAUGGUGACUUCAAACAACAUCCACAAAAAAACAGCAUCAUCUUCGCGUCCCGCCCACAACUUACCUUCGCCUAUGCUUACCUGCCUACACCUGCUUCUACCUACCGCCGCCAUACACUCGUACAUACAACCCUUACCUUACUACCUAAACUAACACUUGCCUCUCUUCUCCCCUCACUCUAUAUACAAGCCUGCGAGGUCUGAGGAGGGCGCCGUCCCCCCUUAACCCCCCACAGGUAUUAGGUCCAGGUGUGAGGCGAGGGAGAGGUAAAAAGGACUAACCUUUCUCUAUGGGAUAUACAAAAGCGUGACUAUAACUUCUGUUCUUUAUCUAUAGAAGCGGCAAUAGUGCAUAGCGAAGGGCGCCACGCUGUCACCUGUUGUGUUUACCUGUGGUGGUUCGGUGUGUCUGUAUCCACCUGUUUACACCCACGCCAGCCAAUGCUACACCCACCUCUCCCGGUACGCGUUGAUUUUGUAUACCUGUAUGUGUAACCUGUAAGUAAGGAAGAUGUAUAUACAGUCUAGAGUAUUUUUGCAAAACCACGGGUGAUGAAGAAUAAACACAACAAAAAAUAUACAAAAAAAUGUGAUUGGAUCUCUACCUAACCUCCACGGGUGUAAACAAACAACAGCUGACCACUGCAAACAAUGAACAGCUGCACAUGUGAACAGUAAACACGUGGCCCAUGUAAAUACUGCAAACAAAAUAAUAGAAAACAAGAGUAAGGAACGGAAAACAAACAAGAACAGACCAGUCCCACAAAAACCUGAAAACAGGCCACGUGACACACAGCAAGACAACCACUAUAAACAACCCACGUGCGUUUGUUUACAUGUAUCAGCUGAUCGGCGACAGCAAAGGGUAGAAACAUUAGUAUGUGGCGCCCUCCGCUCUCUACGCCCUAUCAGUCUUUAUCUUAACUUAUCAUAAUGCUGUACUUGCCCCUGCCCCUCCGCCGGCCACGCCUCCGCUGCCGGCAGGAGAGAGGUCAAGGGCGCCUGGGUAUUCCAAAAGCAAUAAUAUAAUAGCCAUGGGUCACAAGUGGGUUCGGUGAAGAAUUGAAAGGCCUACAUACUGCUCACAUGUCAAGGCCUAUCACACACACACACACACACACACACACACACACACAAAUAAUAGGGUCUCGUAAUCAUAACUCAAUAUCUGAUGAUUCUGGUGCCACUCCUGAACAACGAAUGCAGCAAGGAAGCGGAAAAAAUACAACGAAAAACACAACACACACACACACACACACACACACAAGGAAGCGGAGACAGGAAAGGAUGACAAGAGGAAGAGAAAGACUAGUACUACUACUUGUAAUAGUAACAACUAGCAAUACUUGUAGCAAUAAUAAUUAGGCCUUGCUUGUGGCAGUGUAGCAGCCGAUGAUUCAAACACGUCCUGAGAGAAGCGUGCUAUGCAAUGACCCUUAGUAACCCAGUAAAUCCAUAGAAAACGUAGCUAGACUUGUAGAUAUGAACACUAGGGAACCCACAAGAGGGAGACAGAGAGAGAGACACCGAGAUGAGAUAUUUGAACGAUUUGUUGAGGGUAAAGAGAGACAUUGAGAGAGUGAAACACGUCGAAACUGAAUAGACGCAUAAGGCUGAGAGAUUGUAAAGAAAAGUUUGAAUAGACUCGAUGGAAAGGAAGGAAAGUUGAAUGAAUUGGUACACUAGUUACACAAAUUGAGAGAUUACGGUAGAAAGUGGAUGGAUUAGAAAAGAAUGUUGGAUUGUGGAGAGAAAACUGAAUAAGAUUGAUAGCCAUUGAAACAUUGUGAAGAAGAAACUCCAGAAUAGGGAGAAGAGAGAGAAAACGAGAAAUGACGAGAAAAAGUAAAAAGAAAAA